GAUCUCGAUGAACGUUCCCCGCCAAGCUGCGGAUGCGGAUACCCUCACUGUCCCUCAGUGUUCAUGAAUGUUCAAACGUUCAGCCCUCAUUCGAGAAUAGAUGAAUAUGAAUAUGAAUACAUGUCAGAGAUAUACUCACAAUUUUCUAACAUAUAGGUUGGCCGAUGCUCCUUAAAAUGGCUGUUGACCAGCGUUUAGCGACACAGAUUCGUUCGACGAUAUUUACUCGAUGAUACUACUCAAAUGUAAGACGACAAGCGCUGCCGUAUACCUUUGACCUGAAUGAUGAAAGGGCUGCUGGUAGCCCUCUCAAGGCGUGGGUUUGCUCGCAGACAAUGCAAGUAUACCGGCGUGCAGUUCCAAACGUCAUCUCUGGCGUCAGCGUCCUGCCACAUAAUGUUGGCAUCCUGGUACAAACUAAGUAUCCCUGAUCAACGGUCUACCCAUUCUGGUUCUCACCUUUUUAACUUAUCAGAAUGUGUAUCUGAUAGCGUGUUGCCUCUGCGACGUUGAUUACUGCAUUCAUUACUUGCUUUUCAAUAGAUUGGAACCGCAGCUGGCACUUCUUCCCCAUUCAAGGUCAGAGCGCUCCUGUUCGAUGAAAAACAUGCCCUCAACACGUUUCGAAACUCGCUAGCUUCUCGUCCACGUAGGUUAACCCAGGUAGGUUCUCCUAGGCGAUCCACUACGAUAGGAUAUCAAGCAUUGCACCCGCGAGGCACACACCUAUACAUUUCCUCGCAGAACUUCUGAAGGUUUAAUACAACUUUUCAAACUAAAAAAUUGUCAUCGAUGGUGAAUCGCCCUCCGACGAAGCUCCGGUUUACCUUCCGGUCAUCUCAUCGUCAUGUUUUGAUAACCAGGCAGAAUAGCACGGUAUAAAGCUUCAUUCCGAACUUUCUACUAACCAUACGCCCCAGAUACCACCAUGAGCCUGACGGACAAGACCUUUACCAUCUACACAUCCACAUCUCAGCCUCGCAAGGUCCUGAGGAACCCAACUCAGAUUGUUCUGACGGUGACACCUCGCAGUCAAAAGGACUUAUUCGUGUCUCAAACCCCCGUUGCGUGGAAAGUACUCGAGUUCUCUCCACGUAGCGAUACCCCUCGUACUAUAACUUGGAAUGCCGACCCCGCUUUUUCGGUCAUUGGAGGUGGUGGACAGAGCAUCGCCGUCCCCGUGGGUAACUCCAGUGUUCUGAGAUCUCAAGGAGGUGGUGUGUGGUGGGAUUCAACUCAGGGCCGGCGGGGUCAAAUCAUGGCUCGCAAUGAGACCCCCAUUCCUCAAUCAUUCUCUCUGGGAUCUGUUGAUGAGGAUGAUGAGUUCAGCGCCUUCGUCCGAUUUCCACCUACUCCACCUGGUGGCGCCAUCUCUAUUGACCCAGCUAUCAUGCUCCAGGCUUACACUGUCACAGGCUAUAAAGAGGGUCAAUCCUUGUCCCAGGUCGACAGCAAUUCUUUCAUCUUCCGCAAAUACGAUGGCAGCCCGCUCCCUGUUGAUUUGAGCACGCUCCAAAAUGGGACAUCUUUCUUGCUCAGCUCUGAGCCCUCUGGUCGACUUGUACUCGAGUGAAUCGUUCUGAUGUCAUACUUCUGGAAUUUACACUGACCGUACAUUGUACAAUAUUUCUGGUGACUCACAUAUAUAUCUGAAGACUUGAUUGAUACUUCAGAGUGAAACUACUGACUAGAAUGGGGUUUGUUUUGACACUUCUGUAGCAUAUGAUCAUGCCAGCUUUAUGCUGAAUGCAAUGGGUGAUCCGUGGACAAUACAUAAUAAACAUCACUGAACCAUGACAGAACGUUUGUUAACAGUGUCCUUUAUCACUUCCGAAAAAGUCCAUACGGAAGAGCCCAUGAAACUCAGGCGUAUAUAAAGAUAGAAUCCUCGGCAGGUGUCAAAAGUGGGGAUAAA